AUGUUCACCUCCAGAGUUUCCGAAGCAAGCACCACCAACUUUAUCCGGCCGACGGCACGGUCUCACAUCCACUUUUUUUUCGCCUUCAUCGCCGCAACCGUCCACCAACUGCUGCUCAUGCUCUACCAACUGCUUGGAGACGGCUACCUCAAGUCGUUUGUCGACACAGGUAUCACGCUGGCCCAACAGUCGGGGCUUUCGGGUAUCGUCAACGCCUUGACUUCAGAGGCCAAACUGCGGAUCGAUAAACGGUCCAUCAUCAAAAAGCUGCUAGAGGACCAGGAAAACGCCGAGUCGUACUUUGACUGGCUCAAGGCGUCCAGCGAACUCGACUAUCUGCUCGGCAACCAGGAAUGGAAGGAAAGAGACGAGUGUCCAGCUUACGAUUACGAAUACGUCCGACUCCGAUUGGACGAACUGAGACACGCCCGAACCAAUAACGACACCACCCGACUGCUUUACCUCGUGCGAACAACGUGGAGUAGAAACCUCGGCAACCUCGGAGACGUCAAGCUCUACCACAACUCCUUUACCGGAACCAAACGACUCAUCGAAGACUACAUUCUGGAAUGCGAACUGGCUCUCAACGCGCUCCUGGCAGCCGGAAACGACAAGAUCCCGGACCAGGAGCUGCUCACGGAGCUGCUCAACACCAGAAAGGCAUUUGGACGAACUGCCCUUCUGCUGUCCGGCGGAGGAUGUCUCGGUCUGCUCCACACCGGUGUUCUCCAGGCCCUCUCAGACACAUCGCUCUUGCCCCACGUCAUAUCGGGUUCGUCGGCAGGCUCAAUCAUGGCCGCGGGACUGUGCAUUCACAAAGACGAAGAACACGAGGCUUUCAUCACCGAGCUCAUGGAGCGAGACUUUGACAUUUUCGAAGAGUCCGGAAACGAAGACACGGUGCUCGAACGAGUGUCUCGAAUGCUCAAACAUGGAUCGCUACUCGACAACAGAUAUAUGCAGGACACUAUGCGAGAAUUAUUUGGCGACAUGACCUUUCUGGAGGCCUACAACCGGACUCGCCGUAUUCUCAACGUUACGGUAUCGUCUGCUGGCAUCUACGAAAUGCCUCGUUUGCUCAACUACCUGACGGCCCCCAACGUACUCAUUUGGUCGGCUGUCUGCGCCUCCUGCUCGGUGCCUCUCAUUUUCAAUGCCUACACUCUGCUUGAAAAGGAGCCCAAAACAGGAGCUAUUCAGACCUGGAACGCUUCUUCGCUGCGGUUCAUUGACGGAUCCGUCUAUGCCGACGUGCCCAUUGCGCGUCUCUCAGAAAUGUUCAAUGUAAAUCAUUUCAUUGUCUCGCAGGUAAACCCUCACGUUGCUCCUUUCCUCAAGCUCACAGAAGACAAGGCCAACCCGGACUCGGUCGACGAAAUCUACACGCUCAAGCUUUGGCACAACUUCAAGACGCUGGUCACCGACGAGGUCAUGCACCAGUUGCAGGUGCUGUACGAGUUUGGCAUCUUCAAGAACCUGUGUUCGAAAAUGGGAGGCGUACUGUCCCAGCGAUACAAGGGAGACAUCACAAUCCUGCCCCAGGUCCAUCUCUCAGAGCUCCCGGGAAUUCUUACUAACCCCACUGCCGCAUACAUGAAGGACACCAACCGACGAGGUGCCCAGGCCACUUAUCGAAAGAUCUCGCUCAUUCGAAACCACUGUGCCAUUGAGUUGGCGCUGGAUCGAGCUAUCCACGAACUCAAGGCCCGUAUGCUCCCCUCCAAGCUUGGAUCAGGACGUACAUCCCCGCAAGGUACUUUUAAGCAUUCGCAGUCGUCCAACCAGAUUUCUGCGCUCAAACCUCCUUCUCGUCACAUGUCUGCUUCAUCGGCAACCACAGCACAUACGCGUCUUCGGAACCGAAAGUCGUUUUCUCAUGCACGUAUCAAGAGUGAUGCGGCCGCUGUGUUCGACAAGGAGCCUAUUCACGAGACGCCCAAGUCGUCGCCUCAGAGCUCGUAUGUCAACUUGCACCGAUCUGCAAGUGAGCGGUCGAGACGACCCAAGUCUGCAUUCAAUCUGGGCUCUCUGCCGACCUCUCCUCUUUAUCAUCCGCAUCUGACCCACUCCAUGUCUAUGGGGGGAGCCAAUCAGGCGCCUCUGUACAAUCCUGGGCGCGGUUCUGUGUCUCAGAACACCUCCCCUGGGACCAAAAUCCCCGGAAACGCUGAUCCGUCGUACUUUGAUGGACCCAACAAUGUGCGUUUCCACUGGGACAGCGACGACGACGAUGUGCGAGAGACGGAGUUCCUCAACAACAUGUCUUCGUCGUCUUCACGAAGAGUUUCUCCUGUCCAGAGUCGUCGAGCCAGUGUUGAUGGACUGCGAAACUCUGUCGUAUCCACCGCCACCAGUGUCACCGACGGUUCCGUGUCCAGCAGACCGUCCCGAGCGUGGGAGAGCAUUUCCCAGCUGUUUGAAGGGGACGAGAACUGUUCUGACUCGUGCUAA